AAAUCGGAUCAUACUGGUGGCCGGGCAUUGGGUGGUUUAUCUUCAUUUUUUCCUCUCCUGGAGGAUCCUUAACCUCUCCUCCACCCACGCAGACCUCCAAGGCGCUUCUCUCCGCUGGAGGCUGCGUGGAGAAGCACAUGCGGGCUUGAUAGUAAACCAGGAGAUGUUAGUGAAGACGGUGAGGGGAAAUACAGUGUGUGGGCAACAUCUCUAGUUCAUUAUCGACUCCGUGGUGGUGGAGAGAGAGAGAGAUAGGGAGAGAGGUAUCCACAUGACGGUGGAAGGAGCGUCUUGGACAGGCAGAGGUGUGAAAGAUUUGAUUUGUCUGAGAGUAAAAAUCAGUGGAAAACGGAAGGAUUAGGCUCCAUUGAAAGCAGAAGCAGGUUUCCCACGAGACCCGCCUCCUGGACCAGGUGCUGGAGCUGAUUAUGAACGAGAAGCCCCCCAACAGUGCUAGUCUUUUCCUUAACGAGGACUCGGAGAAACCCCCCCAUCCAGAGAGAGCAGACUUGAAGCGGCGCAUACGCAGAGCCAUGGAGAGGAGAGCUAGCAGCAUAAAGGAGAGGAUAAGCUCCAUCAGUAGGGAGAGCGUCAAAGGCUUCCUCAAAAGGAACCUGUUCGUUCUCUUUACUGUUGCUGCUGUGGUUCUAGGUGUCAUCCUGGGCUUUACUUUGCGCCCACUCAAUCUGUCCCUGAGGGAGAUCAAGUACUUUGCCUUUCCGGGGGAGCUGCUAAUGAGGAUGCUUCAGAUGCUGGUGCUGCCUCUCAUCGUCUCCAGUUUGGUUACAGGUAUUUCCUCCUUGGACAGCAAAGCAUCGGGUAAGAUGGGUAUGCGUGCCGUAGUCUAUUACAUGGUGACCACCCUGCUUGCUGUGUUUAUCGGCAUUGUCAUCGUGAUAAUCAUACAACCUGGGAAAGGCAGCAGGGACAGUCCUGUGGCCAACAGUGGAAACAUAGAACCAGUUCAGGCUGCUGAUGCUUUCCUGGAUCUGAUCAGGAACAUGUUUCCCCCUAAUCUUGUAGAGGCUUGUUUUAAGCAGUAUAAAACUCUGUACAAGAAGACUGUGCACACAAGGAAUGUGACAGUGACACUGAAUCUCACCGACACUCUCAACAUAACAGACUCUACCCUGAGCGUGAACCUCAGCAGAGUGCUACACACCAUACAGGAGACAGUGGAGGAGACUGUUCCUGUGUCCGGCUCCUCUAAUGGAGUGAACGCUCUGGGUUUGGUCGUUUUCUCCAUGUGCUUCGGUCUGGUCAUCGGCAACAUGAAACAACAGGGUCAGGCCCUCAGGGACUUCUUUGACUGCCUGAAUGAAGCCAUCAUGAGGCUUGUGUCCGUCAUCAUUUGGUAUGCUCCAGUCGGCAUCCUGUUCCUGAUUGCAGGGAAGAUUGUGGAGAUGAAGGAUCUGGCACAGGUGGGAGGUCAGCUGGGGAUGUACACUGUAUCGGUCAUUGUGGGUCUCCUUAUCCAUGGCCUCUUUGUCCUGCCACUGCUCUUCUUCCUGGUGACCAGGAAGAAUCCCUACAUCUUCAUUGGUGGCUUGCUGCAGGCGCUCAUCACUGCUUUAGGAACCUCAUCUAGCUCAGCUACUCUACCUAUCACCUUUCGUUGUCUGGAGGAGAACAACCGUGUGGAUAAACGAGUGACACGUUUUGUCCUCCCUGUGGGUGCCACCAUCAACAUGGACGGAACUGCCCUCUAUGAGGCAGUGGCAGCCAUUUUUAUUGCCCAAGUCAAUGACAUGGACCUGAACUUUGGCCAGAUUCUCACAAUCAGUAUCACAGCAACUGCUGCCAGCAUCGGAGCAGCAGGCAUCCCUCAGGCUGGCCUAGUUACCAUGGUGAUCGUAUUGACAUCGGUGGGACUGCCCACAGAGGACAUAACACUGAUCAUCGCUGUGGAUUGGUUCUUGGACCGUUUGCGUACUACCACCAACGUACUGGGUGACUCGCUCGGGGCUGGCAUUGUAGAGCACCUGUCUCGUAAAGAGCUGCAGACUCAGGAUGCGGAAGUGUGCAACUCCGUACUCGAGGAGAAUGAGAAGCCCUACCAGCUUAUCUGCCAGGAAAACGAUAUACACAACCACCGCAACAGUGAGACCACAAUGUGAUGAUACAAGAGGGAAGACAUGGGAUGCAUGCACCACAAGCAUUUACAUCGAGGUGUGACUGUCAGUGGUGAAGGGAAAGUCUUGGGAAAAAGUAGUUCUUGGUCAGGGAAGCCAGAAAUCCACCCACCCCUGCUGCUUGAUGUCAGGAAAUAAGUACACAUUAUGUUUAGGAACAGUUACAAACUUAUGCCUACAAUCUGAUGUCAUGCUUUUGCCUGAAGUGUCAGUUCUUUGGGGGCAUUUUACUGGUUUAUCACUAAUUCUCACAGUGUAAGGAAGCUGUACAUGUCAAAGACAAAAUAACUUCAGCAUUAUCAUGUUUCAAAACUUUGUAUUGUUUAUGAUCCGUACAGCCAAAUCAUCAUACAUCCCUCCUGCCAGGGUUUAACACACAGUAUCAGUAUACAAAGAAACCAGUAUUCAAAAAUAAAAAGGAAGACCGCUGGUAUUCUUUUCUAAUUUACACAAAAUUCAGCUUUUUUAUGGUGCAGGACUUUAACACUUGAUAAAUCUUUUUCAUAUUUUAAACACUCAUUUUUGUCAACAUCAUCAUGACUACCUCUAACGGAACUUAGACUUAUGUCUGUCUUCAUCAGCAACUUAUAAAAUACACAGGAGCAUAUCAGCAAAAUGUAAAUACAUCAAUCACUGAAUAGUUUUGGUUCCACAUUUUCAGCUUUUAAAGUCUUUCUUGUUAUUUAAGCUUGCUUGCACAAUGUUAUUCAUAACUUUGAAUGUACUUGACUGUUAAACACUUGAGGACUUUGUGGUAGAGAUUCUUUGCUACUUGUUAUUUUGUAGUUGAGGGUUUUUGUAUCUGUUAUAUAUUUCAAGUGACUUGGUAGAAUGUUUUCCACUCAGUGCUUUCUAACAAAUAUUAUAUUUGUGUAUUUCCUAUAUUUCUAGGUGCUAUUGCUUUUAACGUGGGACUGUUAUGCUACAAAGUUAUGUCACAGGAAAAGCUGCCAUCAUACUUGUUAUUGACUCUUUUUUUACUUUCAGUCUAAGCAAGUGACCGGUUAUGACUUAGAAAAAUUAAAAUUUUUAUUUUCCUUUUUUUGGCAGAAGUUCUCGAUUUUUUUUUUUUAAAGAUUUGAUUAAUCUUGCACUGGAUUAUUUGUUAAAUUACUUAUUUGUAAAAUUCAGAGAGUUGGAGUUGUUUAUACUUAAGUAGUGUGACGACCAAUUAAGCACAAUUUGUUGUUGGUAACAACAAUGUGUAAAAUGUACCUGCUGUGUCUCCCGUUUGGCGAGUAAUACUACAAAUGAUUGUACUUUCAUGUGGUUACAUUUUGGUUCGAAUUAUAUAUUGCAAGCUAACCACUGACAAGUUUUUUUUUUAAUUGUUUUGUGAACAGGUACUGUGAGGAAACUUGGUAAAUGCCUUGAUGAAUUGAAUGUACAGUCGCUUAAUGCCUUUUGGUGUUGACUAUUUUAAUGGAAAGUGUAGUUUAUCAUCAUUACAGUAGAAAGUUAUAAAGCAUUUAAUUGAGCUUAUUUGAAUUUGUUUCACUUGCAUGCUUAUUAAGAGGUUUUACUUCAGUUUUGAUGCUUGACGUUCUUUCUGAUAAAAGCUCAGCAUUUUGAUGGACAGCUUGUGAAAAAUGUGACAAAUAAAUGGCUCAGGAAUUUGA